AUGAAUUGCCACGCCCCCGAAACCGGCAACAUUGAACUCUUGGCCAAGUAUUGCAAUGAGGAGCAAAAGCAAAAGUGGCUCAAGCCCCUCUUGGAAGGAGACGCCUCUUCUGCCUACUCCAUGACGGAGCCAGAUGUGGCCAGCUCAGACGCCACGCAGAUUGGCAUCCGCAUCACCCGCGACGGUGACCACUAUGUCAUCAAUGGGCGAAAACUCUACGGAAACUGCCUCUGGAACAAGGAGCUGUCGUUCUACAUCCUCAUGGGCUGCAGCGAUCCCAACAAUCCCGACAAGUGGCGCCGUCACUCCAUGCUCGUCGUCCCGUGCAGCACGCCAGGCAUCACGCAAGUGCGCAACCUCACCAUCAUGGGCUACGAUCAUGCCCCCGAAGGACAUGGAGAGUAUCUGUACGAGAAUGUUCGGGUUCCGGUCGAGAACAUUAUCCUAGGCGAAGGGAGAGCGUUUGAGAUUGCGCAGGGAAGACUCGGACCCGGGCGCAUCCAUCACUGCAUGAGACUCAUCGGCCAGUGCGAACGCGCCUACGAGCUCGCCCUGAUCCGCUGCAACGACCCUCGCAAGAAGCCCAGAGGCAAGUUUAUUGGAGAGUUUGACUCGAAUAUCGAACGCAUCGCCCAGAUGCGCCUCGAGCUGGAUGCGGCCAGACUCGUAGUGCUCAAUGCCGCCGAUACCAUGGAUCUCCACGGCAACAAGGCGGGCAAGCGCAGCAUUGCCCAGAGCAAGAUUCUCGUGCCAGUAAUGGCCGCCAAGUGGAUUGACGAGUGCAUGCAAAUCUACGGCGGCCAAGGACUUACUCAGCAUACUGCCCUGCCCGAGAUGUGGACGUAUGCCAGGUUUGUGAGAGUUGCCGACGGUCCUGAUGCGGCACACAGGCAUCAGGUUGGGCGAGAAGAGAUGAAGACAGCCCAAGGCUUUAUCGACCGACACAGGAAAUACCAGGAGGAGUACAAGAAGUUUGCCGAGCAAUACGGAGAAAAGUACAUAACUUUUGAUUAA